CUCAGAGAGAAAUCUUAGGGCAAACUGACUCAUCAUUUCCUGGCAUUCUUUCCCUUCUUUGCAGUAAAGAUCCCCAUUUUCUGGCCCGGAGACGCAGAUGGCCUCCAAUGACAACGAUGCAAUAUCGUGGUACCAAAAGAAGAUUGGAGCGUAUGAUCAGCAGAUUUGGGAAAAAUCAAUCGAACAGACUCAGAUUAAGGGCUUCAAAAACAAACCAAAAAAGAUGGGUCAUAUAAAGCCAGACUUGAUUGAUGUUGACCUAAUCAGAGGUUCAACAUUUGCUAAAGCCAAACCUGAAAUUCCAUGGACCUCACUGACUCGAAAGGGACUUGUUCGAGUUGUAUUUUUCCCAUUUUUCAGCCAUUGGUGGAUCCAGGUUACCUCUUUAAGAAUCUUUGUUUGGCUGCUACUGCUUUACCUCAUGCAAGUUCUAGCACUCGUUUUAUAUUCUAUGAUGCCUCUUGUGAAUGUUAGUGAAGUCCUUGGACCUUUGUGCCUUAUGUUACUCAUGGGAACUGUCCACUGUCAGAUUGUGUCUACUCAGAUAACAAGGUCAUCAGGAAACAAUGGUAAUCGGAGAAGAAGAAAAUUACGGAAAACUGUAAAUGGUGAUGGGAGCCGAGAAAAUGGAAAUAAUUCCUCUGAUAAAGUCAGAGGAAUAGAAAAUGUGGAACCUGUACCCUUUAUUGGUGGUUUUUGGGGGACUCUUUUUGGUAACAGGAUUAAAAGAGUAAAAUUAAUAUGUAACCAAGAGACUGAAACCGAGAAUGAUACAAGCUGUUUGCCUCCCAUCGUUAAGAAGAGACAAUGUCGGCCAGAGAUUAAAAUGUGGCAAACAAGAGAGAAAGCAAAAUUGUCAGAUGGAGAAAACUGCCAGAGGGAGCCAUCCGUCAGGUCUUUGGGUAAUGGCAUUUCAGAUGAUCUUUCAAGUGACGAAGAUGGUGAAGCCCAGACACAGAUGAUAUUAUUGCGAAGGAGUGUGGAAGGGGCCUCAAGUGACAACGGCUCUGAAAUUAACAGGAAGUCAAUAUUUUCAAGGCACCCAAACUCUCAGGUAAAGAAAACCUCUUCCAGGUGGUGUCGUAUUGUUCGGGAUUCAGAUAGUCUAGCUGAAUCUGAAUUUGAAUCAGCAGCCUUCAGCCAGGGCUCUAGAUCUGGUGUGAAUGGUGGCUCUUGCAGCCACAGUAUGUCAAGAAGAGACUCCGAAAGCACUCGCCAUGACUCAGAGACAGAGGAUAUGCUGUGGGACGAUCUGCUACAUGGCCCCGAGUGUCGUUCAUCCGUCACCAGUGACAGCGAAGGGGCUCAUGUGCAGCCUGCUCACUCAGGGACCAAACGAGAUCCCAAAGAAGAUGUCUUCCAGCAGAACCAUUUAUUCUGGCUUCAGAACUCAAGUCCUGCCUCUGAUCGAGUCAGUGCAAUAAUUUGGGAAGGCACUGAGUGCAAAAAGAUGGAUAUGUCUGUGUUAGAAAUAAGUGGCAUCAUCAUGAGCAGGGUUAAUGCCUAUCAGCAAGGAGUUGGCUAUCAGAUGCUGGGAAAUGUUGUCACCGUUGGACUAGCAUUUUUUCCUUUCGUAUACCGACUUUUCCGUGAGAAGAGCCUUGACCAGCUAAUGAACAUCUCAGCUGCAGAGAUCUUGACACUCUUUUGUGGAGCACCACCUGUUGCACCUAUUAUUGUUUUGUCAUUGAUCAAUUUUUUUGAACGAUUAUGUCUUACUUGGAUGUUUUUUUUCAUGAUGUGUGUGGCUGAGAGAACAUAUAAGCAGAGAUUUUUAUUUGCAAAACUUUUCAGCCAUAUUACUUCUGCCAGGAAAGCCAGGAAAUAUGAAAUACCUCAUUUCAGACUCAAAAAGGUGGAGAACAUUAAGAUCUGGUUAUCACUGCGUUCCUAUCUGAAGAGACGGGGUCCACAGCGCUCAGUAGAUGUGGUUGUAUCUUCAGUUUUCUUACUGACACUUUCUAUUGCUUUCAUUUGUUGUGCCCAGGUUCUCCAAGGACAUAAAACUUUCCUGAAUGAUGCUUAUAAUUGGGAGUUUUUGAUCUGGGAAACAGCUUUAUUACUUUUCUUGCUUCGCCUCGCCUCAUUGGGAUCUGAAACCAAUAAGAAGUACAGCAAUGUUUCGAUAUUACUUACCGAACAGAUUAAUUUAUAUCUUAAAAUGGAAAAAAAGCCAAACAAGAAAGAACAACUUACUUUAGUAAACAAUGUAUUAAAGCUAUCUACCAAGUUGUUGAAAGAACUGGACACACCAUUUAGACUCUAUGGACUGACGAUGAAUCCCUUAAUCUACAAUAUCACACGAGUUGUCAUCCUCUCUGCCGUCUCAGGUGUCAUUAGUGAUCUUCUAGGAUUUAAUAUAAGACUGUGGAAAAUUAAGCCAUAAACUGAGCCCGUGCGCCUGGACUCUUUUAUCUUGGCAUCAGUGAUUCACCCACGAUGGAUAGGAUGGCUGCAGAAUCAAUCCCGGAGAUA